AUGUUCUCUCUGGCUUCCUCUCCGACCCCUCUAACGCCUCCUGCUUCCUCCUCGAUGACCUCCUCCUCCACCCUACACUACCUGACUCCGCCGCCGUCUCCACCUUUGCAAAAAGCCCUCCCGCUCAUCGAUCAACUCAUGACUCCGACUAACGGCGAAGAAAAGAGAAAAGGAGAUAUCGAAUUCAUCGCGGAGGAGGAGGAGGAGGAGGAGAGUGUGGCACUUCAAAUAGGAUUGCCAAGUUUCAAUGGAGUCGAUCUCAUCUCAAGAGACUCAAUUCCUAAUGACCCUUCUACGACAUUGGCAAUCGAGGAAUUAGAAAGAAAGACCACAAGGGGUACCGAGUAUUGGAUCCCUACCCCGUCGCAAAUCCUCAGUGGGCCAACUCGAUUCUCCUGCUCCGUUUGCUCCAAAACUUUCAACAGAUACAACAACAUGCAAAUGCACAUGUGGGGGCACGGGUCGGAGUAUCGAAAAGGGCCGGAAUCCCUGAAGGGGGCGCACGCGAACACGCCGGUGCGCAAAUUGCCGUGCUACUGCUGCGUCGCGGGGUGCCAAAACAACAUCGCGCACCCGCGCGCGAGGCCGCUCAAGGACUUCCGCACCCUCCAAACGCACUACAAGCGCAGGCACGGAGCCAAGCCCUUCGCGUGCCGCAAGUGCGCCAAGGCCUUCGCCGUGCGAGGCGACUGGCGCACCCACGAGAAGAAUUGCGGCAGACUCUGGUACUGUGUGUGUGGAUCGGACUUCAAGCACAAGCGAUCGUUGAAGGACCAUAUCGAGGGAUUCGGCACCGGCCACGCGGCCUACGAGAUCGACAUCUUCGAAGAUGUCGACAAUGAGCCCUCGUCAAAGAUUGAUCAAGAGUGUGGAGUGGUUAGUAGAGGGCUUGCUUACUCUUGCUGUGGUCCUAUGAUGCGGAGUGAUGGAAGUAUUGCGGCAGACGACGGCGAGUGCGGAGAGACAGAGUGGAGUUGUGCGGCCGGCGAUGGUCAGUGCGGAGAGGCAGAGAGGAGUCCUACGACCGAUGGCGGUGAGUGUGGAGAGGUAGAGAGGAGUCCGGCGACGGUUGUGAAGAGAGGCGGAGAGCUGUUGCGGAGUGCGGCGAUGGCUUCGGGCGGUUUCGAUUUGUUUUUUUAA